UUAAACAGACCCACCAAGGUUCCACCCGGCUGUAUUUUGCAGUGACUCACUUUCAAAAUGGCCGCCAAAGAGCAACCGGUCUGCCAAAUUUUCUCAUUUCAGGACUGUAAAACUUCUCCUGACCCGAUUUUUGACCUCCCCGCACAGUGUGCGACUCAGUCACCGGUCCCGAUAGUAAUAGACAACGGCUCCUUCCAGACCCGGGCCGGCUGGGCUGCUCCGGGGGCCGACCUCGACUCUCCGCGGCUGCUCUUCAGGUCGGUGGCGGCGCGCAGCAGAGGAGCCGCACGGAGCGAGACCCAGAUCGGAAACGACAUCCCGAACCUGGAGCCGCUGCGGUGGCUGCUGAAGAGCCAGUUCGACCGGAAUGUGGUGGUCAACUUUGAGAUCCAAGAGCUCAUCUUCGACUACGUGUUCACGCAUCUGGGCAUCGCUUCGGAGGGCAGUGUGGAGCACCCUGUCGUGCUGACGGAGGCUCCCUGCAACCCGCUGCACUGCCGGCAGAUGAUGUCAGAGUUGCUGUUCGAGUGCUACCGUGUCCCGUUUGUCUCUUACGGCGUGGAUGGUUUGUACAGUUUGUACCACAAUAACAGCCAAAGGAAGCUCCAGUCGCCGCACACUGGCAUCGUUCUGUCCUCAGGAUACCACUGCUCACACGUCCUGCCAGUUAUCAACGGCAGGUUGGAUGCGGUGAACUGCAAGCGUGUGAAUGUAGCUGGGAGCCAGGCAGCAUCGUACCUGCAGCGUCUCCUGCAGCUGAAAUACCCAGGUCACGUUGCUGCCAUCACACUGAGUCGCAUGGAGGAACUGCUGCAUGAACACAGUUACACUGCUGUGGAUUAUCACGAAGAAUUGGAAAAAUGGCGCAGCCCAGAGUUUUAUGAGCGAGAAGUUCACCGCAUGCAGCUUCCUUUUACGGGGAAGGUUCCGGGCGGCUGUGUGAGCGCGGAGGAGAGGCAGGAGAGACGAGCUCAGCAGCUUCGCCGACUGCAGGAGAUCAACGCUCGGCGCCGGGAGGAGAAGCUGCUGCAGGACCAAGAGAGGCUGGACAGACUAAUGGCAGUGCAGGAGCUGUUGGAGGACGGCCUGGUGGAUCAGUUCCACAAGAGUCUGGUGGAGCUCAACAUGGACUCAACUGAAGAGCUGCAGUCGUACAUUAACAAACUGCAGCUCGCUGUAGAGCAGGGCAGACAGAAGCUGCUGCACAGCGACGGAGCAGAGUUGAAGACGGAGGUGUCUGAGUUGGAGCAGCCAAUGGAUGACGGAGAUGGGGUGGCCCUGAUGGAUUCAGACUUCCCUGAGGACACGCUGCCGGAAAAACCCGCUAAUGUGGUUCAGCCCAUGUUCAACAUGGCAGAGUACCACCAACUGUUUGUGGGGACAGAACGUCUGCGGUGUCCAGAGAUCCUGUUCCAGCCCUCGCUCACUGGAGAAGACCAGAUGGGACUGAUGGAGACUCUACAGUAUGUCUUAGCAAGGUACACUCCAGAGCAGCAGGAGGCGCUGGUGAGCAAUGUGUUUCUGACAGGAGGGAACAUGCAGUACCCCGGGAUGAAGGAAAGAGUAGAAAGAGAACUCUUGGCUAUGAGGCCCUUCCAGUCACACUUUAAGGUGACGAUGGCGUCACGGCCGGCCCUGGACAGCUGGUACGGAGCGCGAGACUGGGCCCUGGAGCAUCCGCCUGGAGGAGGGGCAGAGGGGUGGAUCACCAGACAGGACUACGAGGAGAAAGGAGGCGAGUAUCUGAGCGAGCACUGCGCUUCUAACGCCUACAUUCCCAUGAAGAUCGCUAAACCAGCUCCCGCUCGCCCUGCUGAGCCCUCCGUUACUGCACCGACACCACUGGGAACAUCUGCUGCCAUCACAGCGGUUACGUCCUCUACAGCUGCUGCAGAAAUUACUAUGGUUACCUCAUAAAAGUAGAGCCCAGAUUUCCCCCCUGAUGGCCACUAAAUGUAAGAAAUUAUUUAGGGAAUCAAAUGUUUUCAGAAAUCUGGAAAAUGUCUUUACCAAACACAAAUAUUGUCCCCUCACCACAGCAGUUUUUAUUUUAUUUUUUUUUUUACAUUUUUGGAGACAUCAACUGUUCAUACUUUCUGGAUUUCGUCAACCUUCAACUGUUUUGUAUUAAUUUUAUGAGCUUAGGAAAACCACAUGAGACUGUUCAUAUUGAAUGGUCCUCAAAUUCAUAAUAUGAUUAAACAUAUUGUGGGAAUAUUUUGUCUUAUUGUGUAAAUAGAAUUUGUUGUUCUUGUGUUUUUAUAAAAUAUAUUUUCAUUGGAAACA